AGUGCGUCCACUGCACUCCCUUCGUUUGUUAGUAAAUCUUUCAUAUUUUGGUAGAAAGAUGUGGUUCGUGUUGGUGCUUCUUUUUCAGGGAUCCACAGCACUUUACACUUUGAAUCAGGGUGCUCAUAGGAAGUGCGAUUAUGCGCACGUUAACCGCACAUACACCUGCAGCUACAUCGAGAACAUCUUUCCGAAGAUGUUCUACGGAAACUACGCUUUGGAUUGCGUAUCCUGUAGCAUUCCGACUUUCAAGGUAGAGACGUUUCCAUACGAAAACAGCUUGAUCUCGAUGAACCUGACGAACAGCCGAAUCAGGAAUAUCACGAGCUUCGCCUUCCAACGGCUCGGAGGUCUUCACAGUCUAGAUUUACGAUACAAUGUUAUUAGAAACGUGUCGCGCGAUGCCUUCAAUGGAUUGGUAGAGGUGUACGAGUUGUACCUGGACAACAAUGAGCUGGAGGAUUUGACUCCAGGAUUUUUGAAUAACUUCGAAGGGAAUCAGGUACGCAUCAGCUGGAACAAACUAAAGUCAAUCGCGGGGAAAACUUUCGAAGGCAUCAAAGGAGUGAUGGCCUUGGAUUUAUCGCACAACCACAUCUUCACGCUCUUCGAGGAUUCGUUCUCGUAUCUCGAUGGUCUCGAAUUUCUUGAUAUGUCCGAUAACGCUCUGUGCAACUUACCGCUUGGUGCGUUCAAGAACCUGAAGCUACUGAAGACGCUGAACCUAGCCGGUAAUCACUUCCGAAAGUUCCAUUUUGGCACGUUCUCCGGGUUGAACGGUCUCAUCGAGUUGAACCUCUCGAGGAACGCUCUCAUCCAAUUCGAGCCCAACGUCCUGCUGACGAUGGGGAAUCUGCGGAUGGUAGACAUCGGCGCCAACGAUCUGCAGUACGUUGACGGUCUGAUGAUCCACUCUUACGCGCCUCCGCUUCGUCAGAUCGGGAUCAGCGACAACGUCUGGAACUGCAUCAGUCUCUCCAAUUUAAUACAGUACUUACAUUCAGUCAACAUACAUGUCAACGAACAUUACAGAUACGAUGUCACCAAUGUCCAUGGUAUUGCCUGCGCCGAUGAUACUAUCACCGACCAGAAACUUACGUUUGAAAAGUUCUACAACAUCUUGAAACGUAACACCAAUAAUGCCUAUAAUUAUUGCUGAUUGCUACUUUAU